UUUAUUGGAAACACUGUGUAAUGAGCAAACCGUUUUUGCACCACAGACAGGGUUUUUGCACUUCCCCAAACCGAGUUUUUCCACAUCUUAAAAACUCUGGAUCUUUAAUGGUGGGUAUUUAGACAUUUUUCAUUUUUACCUCCUCCCCUUUAAACCCCAACUACUUGCAUUUGGGCGGAAAAUACGGCAAACCAGUAAUAAUCUUAACAAUCAGUUUGUUAGUUGCUGUUUUUUUUUACCGUCAAUUUUAGCUGCUAAGAUAAAGUUCAACAUCUCCUUCAAUUAGAUCGAACAAGAAGUGGAGAAAAUUGUAAGGAAACUUCAACAUAUCUUCUGCUCUGGUUUAUUUAUUUCUCAUUAUUGUUUCAAUGGGAAGGGAAGUUAAGGAUAUCUCUGUCAACGAAGAGACAAACUCCGUUCGAGUACGUCGAAAUAAUGAUGUCCAUGACCGUGAUCUUAAAGAUUCAAAUCAGCAGAUCAAAGGAGAUCAUAAGUACUUGAAUGACAAAAAUGAAGCAAAGGAGUACAAAGUGAAGGAAUGCACAGAAGAUUGCUCUAAUGAGAUCAAUGAGUCUGGUCGCCAGGAGCAUGAAGAGGAAACGCUGAAUAAUGGCUCUGAGAAACCUGGCAGCAACACAAAAUUUAACUCGCGUUCUGCUGGAAAGGUGCGUUCACACUAUACUAUUCCCCAACCAUUUGAAUUGGCUACCGAAAAGUGUGCUUCAACUGUAAGCAGUUCUGUUGGGGCCGAAACGGCUGCUACUGGCAGUGUCCCCAGCACGACAAUGAAGCCUCAGUAUACGCCAAAAAGGCAUGAUAAGAAAAAGUAUAGCAAUGGAGAAGAUUCUUUGUUUGAUACAUCUUCAGUUGCAACAUCAGUAAGAACAUCGAAAGGCAAGACAACUGUUGGGUCAGCUCCCACAUUUAGAUGCAGUGAACGUGCUGAGAAACGAAAGGAGUUUUAUUCAAAAUUAGAAGAGAAGCACCAAGCAUUGGAGGCAGAGAAACUUGAAGCCGAAGCUAGGGCGAAGGAGGAGCAAGAUGCAGCUCUCAGGCAGCUUAGAAAGAGCUUGGUAUAUAAAGCGAAACCAAUGCCGAGCUUCUACCAUGAAGGGCCACCCCCAAAGGUUGAACUUAAAAAGGUGCAACCAACUCGUGCCAAGUCACCAAAAUUUGGCCGAAGGAAGAGCUGUGGUGAUGCCGUCAAUUCAUAUCAGAGAGAAGAUAAAGGAGGAGCUAGUGCUCCACACAACCGACACAGUCAUGGCAGUAACAGAAAAGAUGCAUCGGUUGUUAAUAGAGAUCGGACCCAUAAUCAGAGUAGUGUGACCUGCGAAACAAAAGAUGAGUCCAACCAAGUUAGAGAGACCACAAAAUCUGAUUCAUCAUCCAGGAUGAUUGCAGAGGGCAAUCCGCAGAUUUCUGUUCAAUAGUCGGUAUGUUAUCUAUAUAUGAAAACAAGACCUUCAUAUAUUUUUUCUCUUUUAUCUUUUGUUCCGCUUUUUUUUUUUUUCCAGUUUCUUAUCUGUUAAAAAUUGAGAUAAGCAAUUCCUUUCUUAACAUUUGCAAACACUAGUUGGGUUGGUUUGUGUAUUAACUGAACUGUAAAUUUUUCUGUAACUUAUAUAACUUAACAUAUAUAUGAAAAAGUUUCAUUUA